ACAUAGUGACAAAGAUGAGCUUCCGUACCCAUACAAUGUCGUGUGAUGUUUACUUUCGCUUAUCCAUGACCAAGCGUCCUACAUUAUCAACUUCAUUCUUCUACGCACACAUUACACACAAAAAACGUUCUUACACAGGAAAUCUUCUCGGUGACUGAAAUGACAGCUAAGCUGAAUUUCUACUGUGCCUGGUUUUGUCCCUUUGCUCAGAGAGCAUGGAUUGCUCUCCUGGAGAAAGGUGUGAACUUUGAGUACAUCGAAUAUAACCCGUACAAGGAAAAAACCAAAGAGUUUCUCCAACUAAAUCCCAGAGGAUUGGUCCCAGUUAUAGAGGUGAAUGGCCAAUCCGUCUAUGAGUCUGACGUUUGUAUUGAAUUUAUUGACGAAUAUGGCGGUCCCGCGAACAGGCUGCUUCCAGCUGAACCAAUGGCACGUGCAAAGACGCGGAUAAUCUGCGGCUUCAUAUCCCGCGAAAUAAUCCCUGCUUUUUAUGGUUUGCUAUUAAAACAAGACAAAAACGCCCAGGAGAAAAUAAAAGCAGCACUGUUGCAUAAUUUGAAGACUUUGCUUACAUACAAACCGGAUUCGACUCCGUUUUUCGGUGGUAACAAGUUGGGAAUGGCAGACAUUAUGUUAGUACCUUUCGCCAUGCGGUUCCCUUUGCUAAGUCAUUACAGGGGAUUUGUGAUACCAGAAACGAGGGAUUACGAGAGUUUUCACAGGUGGAUGAAAGCUUGCAAAGAACAAACCUCGGUCAUCAAGACCACCUGCGAUAUUGAUAAAGCGAUUAUGGUUUACCAAUCCUAUGCCGACGGAACUGCAAAUGUUAGAAGCAAGAUCUAACAAGACUGUUAGCCUGAACCAUAUACCAGAGGGGUUCUUUUCGGAAACUUAAUCGAAUUUCAUUACUUUUAGAACUCAAUUUAUGUCGAAUUUUAAAACCUAGAAAAGUUCUUCGUUGAUUUUUUGAUUGUUUGGCUAAUUUUUGGCAGUAAAAAGAAAUUUUUUUUCAAACGACGAAUGAUCGAGUCUUGUUUUUUAAACAUACGAAAAGAAAAUGAGGUCAAGGAUAGCUGGCAGAUCAUUCCAAAAAUAUAAGUUAUUUGAGUUUCCAAUUUUCUUUCAUCUUUUAUGUUACGAUUAAAGCGUUCUUUGUACAUGCAUAGUUUGUGAAUAAAUUAUGAAAA